CCAGACAUGACCGCCAUCAUCAAAGAAAUUGUCAGCAGGAACAAAAGGCGAUACCAGGAGGAUGGCUUCGAUUUAGAUCUGACUUAUAUUUAUCCAAAUAUCAUUGCAAUGGGUUUUCCGGCAGAACGACUUGAAGGAGUGUACAGAAACAAUAUUGAUGACGUUGUGAGGUUUCUGGAUUCAAAACAUAAAAACCAUUACAAGAUAUACAAUCUAUGUGCUGAAAGACAUUAUGACACUGCCAAAUUUAACUGCAGAGUUGCACAGUACCCUUUUGAAGACCACAACCCACCACAGCUAGAGCUCAUCAAACCUUUUUGUGAAGAUCUUGAUCGAUGGCUUAGUGAAGAUGGCAAUCAUGUUGCAGCAAUCCACUGUAAAGCUGGAAAGGGACGAACUGGUGUAAUGAUUUGUGCUUAUUUGUUACAUCGAGGAAGGUUUCAGAAAGCACAAGAAGCCCUAGAUUUUUAUGGGGAAGUAAGGACCAGAGAUAAAAAGGGAGUAACUAUUCCCAGUCAGAGGCGCUAUGUAUAUUAUUAUAGCUACCUGUUAAAGAAUCAUCUGGAUUACAGACCAGUAGCACUGCUGUUUCAUAAAAUGAUGUUUGAAACAAUUCCAAUGUUCAGUGGCGGCACUUGCACUCCUCACUUUGUGGUCUACCAGCUUAAGGUAAAGAUAUUCACCUCCUCUUCAGGACCUACAAGACGUGAAGACAAAUACAUGUACUUUGAAUUCCCUCAGCCGUUGCCAGUAUGUGGUGAUAUCAAGGUGGAAUUCUUCCAUAAGCAAAACAAGAUGUUGAAAAAGGACAAAAUGUUUCAUUUCUGGGUCAAUACAUUCUUCAUACCAGGACUGGAAGAAAACUCUGACAAAGUAGAAAAUGGAAGUCUUCUUGGAGAUCAGGAACUUGAUGGCAUUUUGAGUACAGAGCGUUCAGAUAAUGACAAGGAAUAUUUAAUCCUUACACUAACAAAAAAUGAUUUGGACAAGGCAAAUAAGGACAAAGCAAAUCGAUAUUUUUCUCCAAACUUUAGAGUGAAGCUAUUUUUCACAAAAACAGUAGAAGAGCCAUCAAACCCAGAAGCUAGCAGCUCAACUUCAGUAACACCAGAUGUUAGUGAUAAUGAACCUGAUCACUAUAGAUAUUCUGACACCACUGACUCUGAUCCAGAGAACGAACCUUUUGAUGAAGAUCAGCAUACGCAGAUUACUAAAGUCUGAUUUUUUUUUAUUUGGGAAAAAAUACCACAAUGAAGAAAACUUGAAUAAACUGAAUUAUGGACCUUUUAAAAUGGCAAUAGGACACUGUGUCAGAUUUAUCUGUUGUAGGAACAGUUCUUUACCUGACCAAUCUCAUUUUGCCCUAUUAAGCCUUUGGCUUGACACUUCUCCCAUUGAAAAAAGAAAAAAAAAGGUUACGUAGCUAUGUUAUGUAUAUACCUUUUGGUGUCAAGAGGACAUUGAAAUUUCAAUUAGGAAUACACAAAAAUGGCACUUUCCUAUUUGAUUCCAGUUUUAUAAAAGUGGAGACAGAUCUGAUGUGUAUACGUAGGAAUCUUCCUUUUGUGUUCUGUCACCAACUGAAGUUCCUGUAAAGCUCUUUCUAAUACACAGGUUCACAUCCUGCCCCUUUCUUUGCACUUUUGUGGCAACAGAUAAGUCUGCAGUUGGCUCAGAGAAGUUACUGGGUUUUACUACAUUCAAAUGCAUGUACCAUGGAUAGGAGUGUGGAAGGAGAAGCUGAGAAAGGAAUGUUCUGUGCUGGACCCUGGACUGUGUACCAUUUCUAGCUUACAUGCACCUCUUUCGCAUGCUACAGUAAUAAAUCCUGGACAUUUGAGGAA